GAGAGAGAGAGAGAGAGAAAAGAGAGAGAGGAGAGAAGGAGGAAGAGAAGAGGAGGUCCCCACCUGGGCUCAAUGGAGGCCAAAGACCGAAGUAGGAGAUCACCCAUGAGUCCCCCAUGUUGUCCCUGAGCUCAUCCCCAAGCACCCUUCGUUGGAGCAAGCCCGAAACCUCUGUUAAGAUCUUGCCACCUGAAGAAGAAGAGGGCUAGAUCUACUGCCCCAUCGCUCCCUCUCGUUGUCUUAGGGGUCGUGCCAGCCAUCAUACCUUUUUGGUUGCCAUCGUCGUCGCUGAAUCUAGCAUCCAUGAGGUCAUCUCUCCGAAAACCCUAGCACACCCUACGAGGUAAGGUCAGAUCUCGCUGAAGCUACGCUUGUUGGUGAAGGAAACCACUAUUCCGACGAGGCCUUAUCGGUGGGAGGAAAGAGAGAGACCGUGGGAUGAGAGUGAGGGUCGGGGGAGAAACAAAAGAAGAGAGAAUGAUAUCUAUUUAUAUGAUACAUGUGGUGUACACAUAGGUAAGAUCCAGCGUAAUUUGCGUACACAUAGGUGAGAGCCAGCGUAAUUUUAUUUUCUAAUCUGUAUUUACUUUUCCUCACUAACCUGCUCCAGAUCUCGAGAACACACGGAACAUUCUGAACCCGCUGGUAUCGGGUACAUGUGUUCCGAGGCCUAUAUAUUUCAUAUCCGCGCAUUACACCUAAGUGACAGAACCCCAGGCGUACGAAACCAAUAGUAGCAUUGAGUACGAUGAUACUACUAGUACUGGUACAAGCGAAGUGGAGCAGUACAAAUGUCACUUGUGUCAGCGUCAACCAUGAGGCUCUCGCACACGGCGACACGCCCCGUGCGCUCUCCCAUCUGCCGCCCAUUGCACCCACACAAGCGCACAGACGCCCGUGCACACACGUACGCACCCUGCGGCCCUGCCCACCCGGUCGGUCGGUCGGUGAGGCCACCACUCCCUCCCCUCGCGUACGUGUGUCCCUCUCGACCGUGCCAGUGUAUUUACGCGGCCGCCGGCCACACGGGCGUCCCCAGCGCGCUCGCCACUGCCCGACCGCUUUGCCAAAGUGCUUGAGCCGCGCCGCGCCGCGCAUGCAACACCCAGCUGCCAACCUCUUAAAGCGUUCGGCGUCACCACUGGAAGAAACGCAUCAAACACUCGCACCGUGCGCGCACGCCCAUUAUUAGCGUCACGCGCCGCGCGCGCUCACUCACGCCCGCCCGCCCGCCCGCCACGCAGAAGAGCUGAGCUGAGCGCAGGCUGCGCAGCUAGCUUAGCCAUCCCAUGAUGGCGAGGGCCUUCCGCGCAGCCUCCCCUCUGCCCCUCCCCAGAUCGAGGAGUGUCACCAGCGUUUCGAACGGUGGAGGCGGCGGCGGCAACUUCCCGUGGCUGACCAAGAGGCUUUCGAGCAAGGCGCCGCAGCAGCACGGCGGGCCGAGCGGCGGCCAAGAGAGCAAGGGUGAGAAGGCCGAGGGGGCGCCCGCCGCCGAUGAGCCCACGGAGCAGUCGUCGUCGAGGAAGUGCGCGGACCCGCUGGCGCUGCUGCGGUCGGCGUUCCUGGCGGCGAUCACGCACCGGCGGCGGCGGCGGCAGCUGGGGUCGUGCGUGACGGGCACCAUGUUCGGGCGGCGCCGCGGACGCGUGCACGUGGCGCUGCAGACGGACCCGCGCUCCGCGCCCGUGCUGCUGGUCGAGAUGGCCGCCUACUCCACGGGCGCGCUCGUCAGGGAGAUGUCCUCGGGCCUCGUGCGCCUAGCGCUCGAGUGCGAGAAGCCGCCGUUCGCCGCCGGGAAGAAGCGGCGAGCGCUGCUGGAGGAACCGACGUGGCGCGCGUACUGCAACGGCCGCAAGUGCGGGUUCGCAGUGCGGCGGGAGUGCGGUGCCGACGAGUGGAAGGUGCUCGGCGCGGUCGAGCCGGUGUCCGCUGGCGCCGGCGUGCUCCCCGACGACGUCGCUGGAGUCGGCGCCGGGGAGGGCGACCUGAUGUACAUGCGGGCCAGGUUCGAGCGGGUGGUGGGCUCCAGGGACUCGGAGGCGUUCUACAUGAUGAACCCGGACGGCAGCGGCGGCCCCGAGCUCAGCAUCUACCUGCUACGAGUCUGACGAGCUAGCAAAAAAAUCACUUUGCGCUUCAGCUUUGUAUGUAAUGCAUGCAUGCAUGAAUGCAUUUUGCAUAAUUUGGGCUUUUGUUUCUUGUAAUUUGGAGGGCUUGGCAAUGGUGUAUGUACAAUAUUACUGAUCACUUACAUGCUUAAUUAGUAA